GGACUUUAGGGCUGCGCGCGAAAGGCUCCUUUAUUCAAGCGAGCGCGGGAGUCGCGGUCGGAGCUUCGGCGGGCGGGCGGCCUCUCAAGGGGAGCCUCGAAUCCCAGGUUUUGGCUUUAAAAAGAAACAUGAAUUCUAAAAUGAAGCCGCAAUCAAAUACUGAAAAGCCCUCUGUGAAGCAGGUUUCUACAAAUAAUACAAACUGCACAUCACAGAGGCAGACCCUUAAGAUGAUACAGCCAUCUAUUACAGGUUGCCUGGUGGGCAGGACAAAUGAGGCUAAGUCUUCAAUCAAGAAGAAAUGUUGCAAUGAUCAGCUUAUCUCAAAAGUAUCCAAACCCGAGGCUGCUGAUAAAAUAGAACACAGAAACAUAAGAGGAGCGAUCCAACCUUCCGAUCUUACAGCAAAAGGCAAUCCUUCAUUCCAGUAUUGGAAGGAAUUGGCUGAGGAGAGGAGGAAAGCCCUGCAUGAGGUUUUACAAGAAAAUGAAAAGUUGCAUCAAGAAAUUGAAUUAAAAACUAGUGAAAUUGCUCGUCUAAAAGAAGAAAAUGAAGAACUGGCAGAACUAGCUGGCCAUGUUCAUUAUAUGGCAAAUAUAAUAGAGCAAAUAACUGGAAAAGCACCAGAAAGCCUAGACAUUUUGAAAAGUUUAGAUCUGGAAGAAAUUGAAUAUGAAGAAAAUGAUUCUGCUGAGGAAGAUUUAGAUGGUGAAUCUGAAGAGGAACAUUCAAAAUUUUCCAACAGUUCUACAGAUGAUGUUGCAGAUGUGCCUCUAAAUUGAGAAAGUAACCUCUAAAAGUAUUGGGCUCUAAGGGGGGGGGAGGCGGAGCAAUCAAGAAAUCCUCUGAAAACUACAGAUUUAUCUAAGAUUUUGAGGAUGGGUUGCACUACUAAUGUAUUGCAGAGUGACUAACAAUCUUACCAAAAGUAUUUGAUUGUAUGUAGUCACUUAUUAAUUGGAAAUACUGUGUAUUUCAGUUUGUAAAUAAGUUUUUAUUCAUUUAUGACAUUUGUAAUUACUAAAUAAAUUUACCCACACAAUUAUAUGGCCUUCAAAAUGGAACUUAUUUCUUGAUACAUCAUAUUAUACCAUCUAGUUUUAAUCUGGCAUGUAUUUUUAUCCUUGCUUAGAGACCUCUUCCAUUACAGCACAAUUCCCAAAUAUUUUGAAGUUAAUAAUUUUUCUUCAGUUCUUCUCAAACUAGACAUGCCUCUGCUUCUGUUUUCCAGGAUUAAUUUGCAAGUUUAUCUUGUCUCAAAAGGUAGUGCCUUUUAAAUGCAAAAUAUUUUUUAAAAUGACUUUAUUAAAUCCCCACUUGAGACCCCUCAAUCUUACCCUCUCAUUAGCCCUGUGCAUGGAAUAAACAGUAUUUGGAAGAAAACUACCAUAUUUUGUUUCUACGUUUAUUGUUAAAUCUUAGUGCAGUGUAAGAGAACAUAUUUAAUUCCACUGGGUUAUAUUUAGCUGAGUAGAUUAAUCAUUUAAUGGGGAAAUGAAUUGCCCUGACCACUUCACUUUGCAUAAAUGUUUAAUCUGUACAUCAUCUGACCUGUUUUUUUGCCUUGCUUCUUCUGAUUUUUGUAACUUACUUGAUAAAGAUUUCAAGAAAAUUUUAGAGCUGCUUAUUAUUUUGUGCCAUUUUGAUUAGUUUUAUUAAAGUUACCUUUCUACUGUG